UUAAAAAAAUAAAAAAAAUGAGUGAUAAAGUAUAAAUUACAUUUGAUGAAGAAAAUAAAAUUUGCGUUUUAGAACCUGAAAAAUACCGAGAAACUGAUUAAUUAAAAAAUGAAUCUAUGGAAUUUAUAAAAAAAGUACUUAGUUUAGAUGAAACAAUAACUUAAAUUACAGAAACAUUAGAAAACUAUGCAAAAAAAAUCGAAUAAUAAAAACUAAGGGCUAUAGGUGAAAGAAAUAAAGUAGAAACUGAAUCUGAAAACAGAAAAAAAAAAAUUAUGGAAUUAAAUAAUUUACUUAAUGAAAAAAAAGCAGAAUUAGAAAGAUAUUCAACUGAAUUUGAGUCUAUUUAAAAAGUAGAAAGCGAAUAAAAACAUUUAAUUGAAAAAUUAUCAAAUAAUGAAGCUUGAUAUUAUUGUUUUUAUAU